GCGCGGUUGCGCAGGCGGCGGGUGCACGCGUGACACGGCGGCCGGCAGGGGCGGCGCAUGCGGGGCGGGAGCGGCCGAGGAAGCGCGCCGAUCUCUGCGGCGUGGGGUAGCGGUAGCUUACUCCACUUCUUCCCUGACGGCUGGUACCAUGGUGCUAGAGAGCCUGGCGCGCAUCGUCAAGGUGCAGCUGCCCGCGUACCUCAAGCGCCUGCCGCUUCCCGAGAGCGUCGGCGGCUUCCUCCGCCUCACAGUUUCAGAAUGGCUGCGGUUGCUGCCUUUCCUGGGCGUGCUGGCCUUGCUUGGUUACCUCGCUGUUCGUCCGUUCCUCCCCAGGAAGAAACAGCAGAAGGAUAGCUUGAUUAACCUCAAGAUCCAGAAGGAAAAUCCAAAAGUAGUGAAUGAAAUAAACAUUGAAGAUCUCUGCCUCACUAAAGCUUACUGCAGGUGUUGGCGUUCUAAGACGUUCCCUGUCUGUGAUGGCUCCCACAACAAGCACAAUGAAUUAACAGGAGAUAAUGUAGGUCCACUAAUACUCAAGAAGAAAGAAGUAUAGCGGAUACUUCAUCCACUAGGUCAUGACUGAUAAAGCCUUUUUAUACUGUUGUAGUUGCAAAGGACAGCAUUUAUUCUAUGAUUGGUAUGAUUUAGUCUAAUGAUUGCUGUAGAUUUCUUUUUGGAAUAAACUGCAUUUCGACAGUGCUAAAUCUGUCACUGUUUUGAUAUUUUAUUCUGAGAAGAACUGUGUCUGCUUUGUAAAACUGUAAAGUAACUAUCUCUGUAAAUAAGGCAUUUAUUUCGACAAUAAAAUUACUUCCUACA